AAAAGUACCCAACUUUGCAAAACUAUCUACAACUUUUAACCACUUUUUCUAUCAUCUACAACUUUUAACCAUUUGUAUUUUGUAAUAUAUUUUGUCAUCACACAUGUACACGGUUAUUUAUGGUUGUCAGCAAUCUUCAAUAAUUGUUCACGCAUGAGUUGAAGGAGUGUACUAUGAUUCUCUAUCAUUUUGUCCUUUUAUGAUUCCCCCAUCACCUUUUGUGCCUAAAAUACCACCGAAGGAAAUGAGUUUGAAAUACCGCACAUAUGUAAAUAUUAUACGAAAAUAAUAUUUACAGGUUAAAAGGAUGCAAACGAUUCUCUACACCAUAGAAAAUAUUGUCUAAAAAACUUAAAAUACCAUCGGAACAAAUGAUAAUACCGCCGGUCGAUAUUCUCAAAUAUUCAGACGGUAUAGUGAUUAUGACGAUGGUAUUUUCUUUUUUCGACGACGGUAUUAAAUUUAUUUCCAACGGUAUUCUAAGUACGUCUGGCUCCUUUUAAUUUCACUUUCACGUGAAUAUAAAGUUCUUGCAAGUACACUCAUGUCAAUAUAAAGUGAUUCCUAGUACAUUCACGGGUGAGUAAAUUAAACAUAAAUUAAACACAAAGGCCUCCAUAUAUGUUGAAAGGAUGAAUUAAAUACGACACAAACAUUCAAAACAAGUUGUCUCAAAGGCCUCCAUAUUUGUUGAGUUAUAAUUCUUCUUCUUGGAAGCUUUGGGGUUCUCAGCUGUCAUUUCAUUGGAGAAUUGGGAGAAAAGAAAUUCCAUCACAUAUCUAUCAACUAAAGAUGACGGAGUGGAAAAACGUCCUUGUGAGAUAUGGAGGAUAUUGGAAUGAUGUCUUAUAUUGUGGUGGAGGUGCUACAUUUGCUUAUGUUCAGACAAAUAACAUAAGCAUUUCGGAGUUAAGGCAAAAUAUCAAUUACUACUUGAUGACAAAUUCACUUAGUACCGUCUACAAUUUAUACUAUCUAUCGAGAUCUCGAAGUGGCAGGAUCAUCCGAUCUCUUUUAAGUACUAAUGACCAACUUUCUCGACUUUGUGCUUUUGAGGUCAAGCCAGAGGUUUAUGUGACACAUGAUGGUGGCACUUCCCAAUCGGAGCAAGAAGUUUAUCGACCUUCGAUCGAGAUACCGUAUGCAUCUACUUAUGAGCACCCUCCUCAGCCCACUUCAUUCGAGGAGCCCAUCUCAAACCACAUGAGAGGUUUUGAUUGGUUUGCUGAUAAUAAUGAUGAUGAAGAGUAUGUUCCAUCAACAGACACUGAUGAUGAAGAAGAUGAGGAUGAUGAAGAAGCAGAGGAGCGUGAGUCUGCUCGAGUUGAUUAUGGCACAUUUGCUGAGCAUAUUGCUUGGAUUCGUCGGGAGGGAGGAAUCAGGCAGCUUAUGUCCAUGAUAAUGCAGACAAACCCGCAAAAGCUUGAAGAAGAGUUGGGACCCGAACAAACUGCAGAAAUGAGCAAUUGGCUAGUUCAGGUGGUUCCGAAGGAUUUUUCAGUCAAUUUAUUUGGAGGUCGACUACGCUUAUCUCGAGAUGUCGUCGCCCUCGUCCUCCUUUCCUCUCGUCUCCUCGGUAGUUCAUGCUCCUGA